AUGUUUUUAUCACUAUUAGUGUUUAUGCUUUAUAUAUUAGGCUUUUUGUUUGGUAUAAUAUGUUUAGCAUGUGGAUUAUAUUAUUUUGCAGAGUUGGUGGAAGAACAUGCUUCAAUCGCAAAGAGAAUCAUUAGAUAUACUAUAAUUUCUAUUAUGAGCAUGUUAAUAUUGUUUGGAAUAUUUGAAAAUGUCGAUUUCAUCUGUAUAUUGCUAUCGUUGAUCAGUCAUGGUUCAUACUUUACCUUACUCUCAGAGUUUCCAUUUGUAACUCUAACAAGUGUUAAGUUUAUCAUUAGUAUAAUUACAAUGAUUGUUAGUCAUUGUUGGUGGUUUAUGUUUUUCAGAUCGAAUUGGUUCCCCUUCUCAGAGAUCAUCUCAGUAUUUGUAUUUUUCGUAUGGUUAGUUCCAUUCAUUUUCUUUGUAUCAUUAUCAGCAAACGACAGUGCUCUACCAUUCUCAUCAGGAAAUCGUAUUAUUGGUGUAGACAACGAAUACUCUAGAAAGAAGAAUACAACAAGCAGUCUUAAAGCAAUGAUUGGUUGGGUAAAGAAUAAGACUGACGAUUUAACAGGUAGAAAUACAAAUAAACAUUAUUAUUAA